GGUUUUGGAGCAGCGGGACAUAAUUGGUUCGUCAAACCUUGGAAGAGAGAGAGAGAGAGAAUCUAUCAUUCUAAGCUAAGUUUUAUUCGGUUGUUUUCCCAACUAGAAAGAAAAAAUUCGCAGGUUGCUUUCACCCGCUACCCCGUUCUUCCCCUUUUCCCAACCGAUCCUCCCCAUCCUCUCUCUCUCUCUCUCUCCUCUUAUACAGCUGCGAAGGCAUUCACUCAGUCUUCUUCCCUGCAUCCCCCCACCAAACAUCCUUACCGAAAGUCAAAUGGACACACAAACAACAAGUUCUCCUACUCCUCCCUCUGCCCAAGUUAUUGGAAAUGCAUUCGUCGAGCAGUAUUACCAUAUUCUUCACCACUCACCAGAGUUGGUUCACCGAUUUUAUCAAGAAUCAAGCGUACUAAGCCGCCCAGAGCCCAAUGGUGUAAUGACAUCAGUGACAACCACUGAAGGGAUCGACGACAAGAUUUGUUCCUUCAACUACAAGAACUACAAGGCUGAGAUAAAGACUGCAGAUGCUCAAGAGUCUUACAAAGAUGGGGUGAUUGUUCUAGUUACUGGGUGCUUAACUGGAAUGGACGACAUUAGAAGGAAAUUCACGCAAACUUUUUUCCUUGCUCCACAAGACAAAGGGUACUUCGUCUUGAAUGAUGUUUUUCGGUACGUGGAAGAUAGUGAACCAUUGGAAAGUAAUAAGGUCAUAGUCAAUGGAAUUCAUGACGCCCCAUUAGCAUCCAUUACACCCGAUCCAGAGCCUGUUCAUGUUUAUGAUCCUCCAGAGGUUGAUUCUACUACUUCUCUCGUAGAAGAGGUUCAAGUUCAACAUGUUGAAGAGAAGCCUUGUGAUCCAGUGGACAAUGAGACACAACUAGUCAAUGAGGAAGAAGUGGUUGUGGAGCAUGAACCUCAGUCAGAUGAGAAUCACGUCCUUGCUGUUACCGAAUCAGCUUCAUAUACAGCCCAAGAAGAUGCUCCAAAGAAGUCCUAUGCGUACAUUCUAAGUUCACAAACAAAGAAAGCGGGCUCAGGGCCUGCCAAAGUUUAUGUACAAGCUAAUACUUCUAGAGUGGGUCCUACAAAGACUGAGAAACGGACCCCUGUUCCAGUAGCACAUGAUCCAGUAACUGAACCAUCGGCACCUAGUGCUUCUGGUAGUGUCAAUGCCCCCCAGAGUGGAAAUGCUCAGGAGGAAGCUGAAGGCCACUCCAUUUAUGUCCGAAAUUUGCCUCUAAACGUGACGGAUUCUCAGCUCGAAGAGGAGUUUACGAAAUUUGGACCUAUCAAGCAAGGGGGUGUCCAAGUUAGAAGUAAUAAGGAUUUCUGUUUUGGUUUUGUUGAAUUUCAAAGUUUUAGCUCCAUGAAUAAUGCAAUUCAGGCUUCGCCCAUUACUAUUGGGGACAAGCAAGCUGUUGUGGAGAUAAAGAGAACUACAACUCGAGUAGGUAGUGGAAGAGAGAGGUUUUCUUCUGGAAGAGGAGGGUUUCGAAGCGACAGCUUUAGGGGCCGCAGAAACUUUGUUAGUGGACGGGGCUAUGGGAGAAGUGAAGUUGGGAACCUAGGUGGUGAUUUUUCAGGCCGAGGUAGAGGUCCAGGCGGCCGCAGCGGAGAUGGCAAUCAGCAAGGAAGAGGGAGAGGUGGCCGCCGAGGUGUAUCAAAUUGGAAUCCUAUCUCAGCGUGACAAUGCGGGUACAGAUUUUUUGACACCAACUAUUUUGACAAGCUUGUUUCUAGUUUUUCCUAGUGAUGAGAACAGUAGAAAGUUAGUUAUUCGAUCGUAACAACUGCAUUGCAACGAUAAAACGUUUCUAUGAUUUUGAGCUUUGGGGUGCCUAGGAAAGAAGCACUUCCUGUAGUUUCUGCGAUUCUUUGUACGGAAUUUUGCGCAGGCGGAUUUUCUAACACUAUAAUGCAUACGCUUCAUGUCAUCUUAUUUCUCCAAUAGAAAUUUGAGGAAUGCAGCGUUUAUUAUUUUUCGCAA